GUCUGCGAAGCGAAGAAUCAUUCUAGUGAGCACUUCCACUACGAACAAGUCAAAAUGGCGUUCAAAGUUGUGAUCCUCUGCGCUUUCGCCCUUCUGGUCCAGUCUAUCUCCGGAAAGAGCUGCGGUUGCUCGUGCGGGUCCGGCCGCUCCGGCAUAUACAGCAGCUCCGGCUCUAUUGGGUCCGUGUCCUCUAGCAGCUCCGGCUCUAUUGGGUCCGUGUCCUCUAGCAGCUCCAUCAGCUCCAAGUCUGUCUCCGUCUCCAACAGCGGCGGUGACCUCCUCGUCACCUGUGUCGGCCCCAUCUCCCCCUCCGGCAUCGCCGUCUCCUCCGACGUCAGCCUGAGCGGAGACUUGAACGUUAACGGAGAACUCCCGUUCCUGAGCGCUGUGGAGUUCUCGGGCAAUUACGAUACUAAAGGGUCCGCGUGUGUCGACUACAGCUGCGGCAGCUGCGGGAACGUGGCCAUCACCAGCGUGCAGGGCGGUUCCGGGUGCGGCUGCGGCUGCGGACGCUAAGAGCUUGUAUAUGUAUAUCGAGUUAUCGACGGACGACUCGAAGUUAAUUUUGGCUGUCUAACUACAUGCUCGUACAAUUGAACUGAUCCAUUAAAAUUUGUUGGUCAAAUAA